UCACAUGUUUCUUGAUAUCAGUCUGUGGAGUGAUAUAGCUCGGAAUCUCAAUGGUCAGGAACUGGCUGUCCUUGGUCGUUCUGGGCCAGUCAUGCUUGCUGUUUGCUCACUGCGAGUCACUGGCGCUACGAAAGGAGGUUACUCUCUGACCAGUACUCCAGGCACACGUUGUGUUCUCAACCCUGUUUCUGAAAUGGCUCACCUGGUCCAAUCU